AUGACGAGGGACAGACUACAAGCACUAAAGGCGGCGCGCAGUCCCGAUGAAGAGAGUGACCUGUCCGUGGACGUUGAUUCAGGCAAGUUCAUGGAAGAGUUCUUUGAACAGGUAAGAGCUUGAUC